AUGUCGGGCAUACAAAGCCAGCGAGGGGCAUAUUCACAGGAAUAUCAUCCUGUGGCCUCCGGUGUUUCCCAUUGGUGGGCAUUCCUUUUGUCUCCGGGAAUCUUCUUCAGUGCGACAUUACUGGAGUCUACUUGGGCGAACCAUUUUAAGUAUUUCAUGCAUUGUUUUGCCUUCCGCCGCUCCGGUGCUGAAGGGUCAGCUCUCUCUUGUUUUAUCGAGGGCUUCCCAUGUCACCGCGGCAGUCUUUGGAGAGGGAGCGUUCUCCUUCUCUUACUUGGCGGGGCUCAGUGUGGCUUUGUCUGGCACCUGCGUCGCCCGAUGGGGUCCGUCAGGGUGCCUGAAUUUCGUGUGGAUCGCCAUUCCUCCAGCACAGCCGGCGAAGCACACGCGCCCCAAGGCCGACGAGGAACAACACUGCGUCCCAGCGGGUCGCGGCUGGCCCUCAAACCGGGCGAUGCCGUGGGCGUGCCAACGCAAAGUUCUCCAUGA